CACAGACAGGCACAUAGAGACAGAGCUGCAGGGUGGACGAGUCUCUACCUCUAAGCCACACCGAGGCUUUGGUGGAAAAGUUUCGGCAGCUGCUGAGCCCGUGAAGGCAUCAUGGUUGUGUCGGUGCGGAGCUGGGUCGCCAACGAGGGAGGAAAGCACUUGGUCCUGAUGCUGUGGCUGGGAGCAAACACCUGGCUCUUCCUAAAGACCUUUCUGCUGUACUCCACUGGACAGCAGUAUCACUACCUCUACAAGAUGCUCGGGCUAGGGCUGUGCAUCAGCAGGGCGUCUGCGUCUGUGCUGAACCUGAACUGCAGCUUGGUGCUGCUGCCCAUGUGUCGCUCCCUGCUCACCUUUGUCCGAGGAACACACAUGGUAUCGAGCAGAGAAACUCGCAGACUGCUGGACAAGAGCAAGACCUUUCAUGUGGCAUGUGGAGUUUCCAUCUGCAUCUUCUCUGUUGUACAUGUGUCUGCCCACCUGGCGAACGUUGUCAACUUCAGUGUGAGCUACUCAGAGGAUUUUCCUGCUCUCAAUUUGGCUCGCUACAGAGGAGAGGACCCCAAGCUGAUCAUUUUGACCACAAUCCCAGGAGUCACAGGCGUCCUGUUGGUUCUCAUCCUCUUCCUGAUGUUCACCUCAUCCUCCUACUGCGUACGGUUGUCCAACUAUGAGAUCUUCUGGUACACACACAACCUCUUCAUUGUUUUCUACAUCAUCCUCAUGGUGCACAUGGUCGGAGGAGCUCUGAAGUAUCAGACCAACUUAGAGGGCCACCCUCCUGGCUGCCUCAGAGCCAAUCAGAGCAGCACGGAGCAGCCGGGUGAGGAGCUGGAGGCGGGUGAGGACGAAGAGAGAAGAUGCGGAGAGGAGGCUCACUUCCAGCCGCACUACCCUCAGACAUGGCUUUGGGUGUCCGGCCCUCUCUGUCUUUACUGUGCCGAGCGUUUCUACCGCUACAUCCGGAGCAGCGACCCUGUAACCAUAGUGACAGUCAUCAGGCACCCCUGUGAUGUCAUUGAGUUGCGCAUGCUGAAGAAACACUUUAAAGCUCGACCUGGACAGUAUAUUGUUCUUAACUGUCCAGGUGUCUCUUCAUUUGAGAACCAUCCCUUCACACUCACAACGUGUCCCACAGAGAACAAGGAAACGUUUGGUGUUCAUCUCCGAGUCGUGGGAGACUGGACUGAGCGGUUCACACAGCUGUUACUUCCUGAACCAAGGAUAGACUUGGAGAUCCUUCCCAUGGUGCAACAGAGGAGAUACCCAAAGCUUUACGUGGAUGGUCCCUUUGGAAGUCCAUCAGAGGAAGUGUUUAACUACGACGUCAGUGUUUGUGUCGCGGGUGGAAUAGGAGUCACGCCUUUUGCCUGCGUGCUGCAUGCUCUUCUUGACGGGUGGACAGGUUUCAGGUUGCAGAGGUUGUACUUUGUGUGGGUCUGCAGGGAGCUCAAGUCCUUCUACUGGUUUGCUGAGCUGCUGUGUGCCCUUCAUCACAAGCUUUGGCAGGAAAACCGACCGGACUACUUUAACCUGAAACUGUACGUCAGUCAGACAGACAACCUGCAGAGCAUGUCGGAGGAGAAGUACCGUCCACUCACCUCGAGGCUGCUGGUUGGUCGGCCCAGGUGGAAUUUACUGUUUGAUGAGAUCGGGAAGACCAAUAAGCAUAAGCGGGUCGGGGUUUUCUGUUGCGGACCAAAGGGCAUCUCCAAGACUCUUCACAGACUGUGUAACUCAGCCCGAUCCUCUGGAACAACCUUUGAAUUCAACAAGGAGUCCUUCAGCUGAUCGAACGUCCAAGCUGGUUUUAUAUUUCACUGAAAAACACAACUUUGCCAUUUGACAUAUGAAAGUGGGCAAAAGAACUUGAACAUUCACAGACUAUCUUGUUUAUUCAUAUGCAUCCCUCCUACGGUCACAAAAGACCCAGCAGAAAAACAACCUUAAAAUACAGCCAAACCCACGACUGACUGUUAAAAUAUUCAAGAAGCAAGAAAAACAGAAGAGACCAGCCCACUGCUCAGAUCCUCCACUAAAGUUGCUGUUGGAUUUGAUCUUUUCCCUGGUACAUCCCCAUGGAGUAAAUACGUCUUUCAUCUUUCAGUGCACCAGGCGGAAACAUCACGCAGGGAUCAACAGACUUAUCUUUUUAUCCAAACAUUUAAAAAAACAGUUAAUUUAAAAUUAACACAGAGAUGGAACCAUGUGGAAAACCUCCAUUGUGGAAUCAAGAACGAGUUAAGAGUCAGCCGAAUUGAAUUUGACCUUUACUUAACACAACAAAGAACCAGUACCAACCAGGCUCUACUGACCAAAAAGUGUCGGUGUGUCCCACUCACAGACAGAGGAUUUGAGGACAGCCUUCAGGGAAAUGUUGCUUGUCAUCAUCAGAAUCUGCUGGGAUUUGCUUUCAAGAGAGAUAAUGAGUGGACAUAUAAUGGACACCUGAUUUAGUCUUUAGCCCGGUUCUAAUCUGGCCCUUACACCCUCCCACUUUGUGUUGGUGUUGUAUUUACACUCACAGCUGAAUGAAGCACCCUUCUUUGAGGCGUAAGGUAUAGAUACAAAGGCAAUCUUCAUGAUUAACUUGCAUCUCUACGACAGAAGCAGGAACUAUUACGUUUCGUAACCAUGUUUUACUAAGGAAGAGGCAACCUCAGCACAUCCAGGAGAAUAAAACGUUGAAGCUUUUGGUGGCAUUUCUUUUUAUGUAAACAAGUUUUUAAGCCGCCUGGUUUUUGCAACAGUCUCUGUAAUUAUACAACGAAAUGAACCCAUCUUCUGUGUGUUAAACGUGUAAAAGGAGUGGGGAGAGGGUUUAGGGGCCGGAUUGGUAUUGGACCUUUGUUUUACUUUUGUUGUUUGCUGUUCAUAUACGUGUAUCAAAAUCUGUCUUUCUACAAAGCAAACCUACACUACACCUCAAGCCAGUAUUCUUAGUUGUUUUUAUUAUUAUUUAUAUUGUACAUGUAAAGUUAUUUUCUUAUGUUAUGAGAAAAACUUCUGCAGGGUUUUGGCAAAGUGUAUGUCAUUAUUAUUUUUCUUUUAUACAUAUCUCCAGAAAGUCAAGUUACUGAUACAAAGAAAUGAGGAGAUGGGGGUUUCUGCAAAGAACCAACAUCUUGAUAUUUCUGAUUGUGUGCCUGAAACAACCAUGAACCAUCAACCAUUUAUUUAGCAUUUCAUAUUUAUAUAUAUUUGAAUGUUGAAUUGUAUGUCUAUUUUUAGGAAUGUUCUUUUUUUUGACAAAGUCUGAAAUAAAGAGAUUUUCUAUUUA